AUGGCCUUCGCCGCGCUUCUGCGGAAGCAAGCACUCCCGCUUGCGGGUCUGACUACCGCAUUCGUUGUUGUUCCUACGCGAAGCGCAUUUGCAGAGGAGCCCACCGAGGCUGAGAAGACAGUGCGCGUCCGAAAGCCCAUCUACGACACCGCAGGCGAGCCUUCGUCUCGCGAUGUUGCGGCAACCACACCUCUGCCUGCCUCGGGGUUCACUGAGAAGCCUGAGUCAGAGAAUGCACGCCGAUCCACAGCACCUACAGCACGACUAGCAGAGCAAAUCAAAACCUCACGACUUUUCGCACACAAAUAUGCCGUCAAGGCCGAGGAUUCAGUAAACAAUGCGCUCAACCGAUUCAUGGAUGCCGAGCACUCAUUCACAUCGACCGUCGCUUCGUUGGCACCGCCAAAGGAGAGCAAUGAGAAAUUGCUACCGGGUGGCAUAUAUGUGUUGGUAGCAACCAUGGCUGGUAGCAUCAUCAGCCGUAACCGCAACAUCCUGUUUCGCGCCGUCACACCCAUCAUCACGGGUACCGUGGCUGCGAACUACAUCAUCCCUCGAACCACCCACAAUGUUGGUCAAUUGAUCUGGCGCUUCGAAGAGAAGUACCCGGUGAUUCGCGACAACCACAUCCGGAUAGACAACGGCGUCCGACACUUCAUCGAGACCGGCAAGGCACACAGUCAGAUGGGAUUGGCCAUGGCCGAGGAGAAGAUUACAGAUGCGCGAAAGUCGGUGCAGGACUGGGUGAAGAAGGGACAAUGAUCGGCUUCAAUGUCUUGACGAGUACAACUGUUCUUCCUUCUUCCUACGGAUGGGUCAUGUCGAUAUAGAUCCGAUGCCGAUGAAAGGCACGUGUAACAAAAACAAUCCCUUUGUCCUCAAGUAGACCUGUUGGAUGACUUCUGCAGAGCAAUUUGUUCGUAUCGUCAGGAUGUGCUGCUGCUGCUCACUACUUCAAAUGCUGAGUUUCUCCGAUCUUCAUUGGUAAUUUGGUCAGGUUGUCGGAAACUUGACAUCUGUUUGCAUACAUAGCGCAUGAUGCCUCUGCUUCAGUUUGUCAAGAUCAGCAUACAUGUGCUGCUAGUUCGAUUGCAGCUCAAUCAGAUGACCUC